CUUCUCACAAAUCAAUCAAUCAAAAACAAAACAACAAAAAACAAAACAGAAACCAAUUCAAUUGUAACCAUGAUCAUCUUGCGCAAUCUCAAUAGCAACCCUUUCCUCAGCCCCUCUUUUGCAUCCCCAUCUUUUGCCUACCAUUGGGUGGUACCAGACAAGGAGGAAACCAACACAAACGCUGACAAUGAGAAGGACAAUUCGGAGGCAACAUCUCAGGUGACCAGCAAGGCCAACAACACCAACAAGCCUUCGGCUCACUGGUAUUCAAGAACCCAUGGUGAUUUUGAGUUGCACCAGCAUCAGAAAGAUGAUGACUACUUCCUCUUGACGACCGAUCUCCCAGGUGUCAAACUGGCCGACUUGAAGGUGGAGUUCCGUGACAGCGCUCUUCACAUUCAAGCUAAACGUCAGGGCCAAGCACAGCAGUACAUUACAAGACACCUUGCCUUGGAAGAAGAUGUCAUUGAUGUGCCCAAUCUCAGUGCAACCUUGGAAGAUGGAAUCCUGACUGUCAAGGUGCCUGCCAAAAAGGAAAAAGAAGACCAACCAACCGAUGAUUGCAACAACACGCUACCAGUGACCUAUCAGGCGCCUCCGGCAGUAGAUGGUAGUGAGGAUCUAAAUAUGGAAAUCGAUGUACCUGGCAUCAAGGCCAACGAUUUGAAAGUUGUAUGCAACAAGAAGAGUGCCAUGCUUCACAUUGUAGGAGAACGCCGCAAUGCCAGUGGACCAACCAAGAUGACAAAGUCUUUGUAUCAACUCAACACUCAUGCUGUGGAUGUGACCAAGUUGGAUGCAUACUUGGCGGAUGGAGUCUUGACGAUUCGUGCUCCUGCCAAGGUUCACCCAACCAAGAUUGUGGCUGUGAAUGGACACCUCCCUGCAGCAGUUACUUCUGAUGACUCAACCACCAAGCAGCUAGAGGAAGAAGAGGGUGGCAAGACUGCAGACGAGAAGUACGAAAAAGAUACUCCAAACAAAGAAUGAGUGAUCUUGCAAGGAAAAUAGCCAAUGAUUUGCGGGUGAAAUCGUGUAGAGAAUGCAGAUACUACUACUAGUAAAUCAAGUUAUGAAGU